UUGAACUGAUCUUUUCACACUGAUAAACAGAGACCAGACUGAGUCGGGCUGUUACUGUGUGACUCCCUCCUCACUCAAACACCUUAUUCACUUUUUAUCAUCUUUCCUGCUUUGUCAUGGCCAUGUGCUCCAGAGGGUUAGACUUACACAGACAUGAGUUUAAACUACUGCAGAACACAUGAGCUCUACACUGCCCCCUGUGGACUAGCACUGACAGCACUCUCUCUGAGCUGAGAAUGGGUGAGGUUCAUGUGACAUCACAAUAUUGUUGUAGACAGCUCAGAGUGGCUGCAGUCAGACUCUUGUGGGAGCACAGAGACAGCAGCAUCAUGCUUUUCACACAGACGGAUAAAUCUUGCCUGACAGUCCCAUCAUAAUAAUUUCCUGUAUAUGUCUGACAAUAACAUAAAUGGUGCGGUCACAAGGAAAAGCCAUCUGACCCCCAAAGGCUAUCCUCCAAACUUUAGAGAAGCUCCUCCUGAAGACCAGAGCUCCUACAACAUGGAGCCACCUGGACCUGGUCCCGGGUCUAAACCCAGACCUAAACCUGCUCCCAGCUCUGUGUCUCUGAAUAGUGACCACUCCAAAGACCUUGUUCCAAACUUCAGCGACGCUCCCCCUAAAGAGCAGAGGUCCUACAACAUGGAGCCACCUAGACCUGGCCCCAGGUCUAAACCCAGACCUAAACCUGCUCCCAGCUCUGUGUUUCUGAAAAGUGACCACUCCAAAGGCUAUCCUCCAAACUUUAGAGAAGCUCCUCCUGAAGACCAGAGGGAGCCAGGCCCAAAGGAGCAGCUGGACUCCAUAUUCAGGCGUCUGGAGGAGAACGUCCUGACUUUUGUCAAAAAGCAGCUGCAGAGGCUCCACAGGCUCCUGGCCUCAGAUUACCCAGAAUGCUCUGAGAGUGAGGAGGAGGAGCAGAGCAGCAGAGAGGCGGUUCUGAACAUCACCCUGGACUUCCUGAGGAGGAUGGACCAGGAGCAGCUGGCUCAGCGCCUGCAGGACAGAAACAGUGUUGGAGUUUGUAAAGAUAAACUGAAGAGACAUCUGCAGCAGAGGUUCAGCCGAGUGUUUGAGGGCGUGGCUAAAGCAGGAGACUCCACCCCCCUGACCCAGAUCUACACAGAGCUCUACAUCACAGAGGGCGGAGCCUCAGAGGUCAACCAGGAACAUGAGGUCAGACACAUGGAGACUGCAUCCAGGAGACCAGCUUCUCCAGAGACCACCAUCACAUGUGAAGACCUCUUUAAAGCCCGCCCACAUUCACCAGAGCCAAUCAGAACGGUGCUAACAAAGGGCGUGGCCGGUGUAGGGAAAACAGUGCUGACUCAGAAGUUCUGUCUGGACUGGGCUGAGGGCAGAGCCAACCAGAACCUCCAGCUGCUGUUCCCGUUCACUUUCAGAGAGCUCAAUGUGCUCAGAGACACACAGUUCAGCCUGGUGGGACUGAUGCACCACUUCUUCAGUUCAUCCAAAAGUCUCUAUAGCUUCCAACAGCUCCAGGUGAUGUUCAUCUUUGACGGUCUGGACGAGUGCAGACUUCCUCUGGACUUCAGCCGAACUCAGGUCCUGACUGACCCCACAGAGUCCACCUCAGUGCAUGUGCUGCUGAUAAACCUCAUCAGGGGGAACAUGCUUCCCUCUGCUCAUCUGUGGAUAACCACACGUCCUGCUGCGGCCAGUCAGAUCCCUGAUGAAUGCAUCUCCAUGAUGACAGAAGUGCGAGGAUUCACUGACCUGCAGAAGGAGCAGUAUUUCAGGAAGAGGUUCAGAGACCAGGCCACAGCCGUCAUCUCCCAUAUCAAGAGCAUCCGCAGCCUCUACAUCAUGUGUCACAUCCCGAUCUUCUGCUGGAUCCUCUCCACAGUUAUACAGAAGCUUCUGGAACAGACACAGGAAUCAGAGCUGCCCCGGACUCUCACACAGAUGUACAUCCACUUCCUGGUGGUGCAAGCCAAAGUCCAGAACAUUAAGUAUCACAAGGGAUCUGGGGUGGACUUUCAUUGGACUCCAGAGACCAGGGAGAUGGUGCGGUCUCUGGGAAAACUGGCCUUUGAGCAGCUGCAGAAAAGAAACCUGAUCUUCUACGAGUCUGACCUGAGCGAGUGUGGGCUGGACGCUGCAGUGGCCUCAGUGUACUCCGGAGUGUUCACACAGGUCUUUAGAGAGGAGCCAGGCCUGUACCAGGACAAGGUCUACUGCUUCAUCCAUCUGAGUGUGCAGGAGUUUCUGGCUGCUCUUCACAUCCAUCAGACCUUCACAAAGUCUGGAGUCAACCUGCUGGAGGUUCAGCAAACUUCUUUUCUUCCUCGACUGUUUAAAAACAAGACUGAACUGAUUUUCUUAUACCGCUCUGCUGUGGACCAGGCCUUACAGAGUCCAAACGGACACCUGGACCUGUUCCUGCGCUUCCUCCUGGGGCUGUCUCUGCCAACCAAUCAGAGCCUGCUGCAGGGUCUGCUGACUCAGACAGGAAGUGACCAGCUCAAUCAAGAGUCAGUAAAAUACAUCAAACAGAAACUGAACGAAAAGAGUCUGACUGUCGAAAGAAGCUUGAACCUGCUCCACUGUCUGAAUGAGCUGAAUGACAACAGUCUGGUACAGCAGAUACAGAGAUCCAUGACAGAAGGAUUACUCUCCUUGUUAAGUUCUCCUGCUCAGUGGUCGGCCCUGUCCUUCCUGUUAUUGUCCUCAGAGUCAGACCUGGAGGAGUUUGACCUGAGGAAAUAUUGUUCCUCAGAGACAGCUCUCCUGGGUCUGCUGCUGGUGGUGAAAGCCUGCACCAAAGCCCUUCUGAUUGGUUGUGGCCUGUCCCCUCACAGCUGUGGUCCUCUGGCCUCAGUCCUCAGCUCCUCCAGUCUCACUCACCUGGAUCUCAGUCACAACAACCUCCAGGACUCAGGAGUGGAGCAGCUGUGUGCUGGACUGCAGAGCGCCCCCUGCAGACUGAAGACUCUCAGUCUUUGUGGCUGUGGCCUGUCCCCUCACAGCUCUGAUCCUCUGGCCUCAGUCCUCAGCUCCUCCAGUCUCACACACCUGGAUCUCAGUCACAACGACCUCCAAGACUCAGGAGUGGAGAAGCUGUGUUUUGGACUGAAGAACCCCCCCUGCAGACUGGAGACUCUCAGGCUGUCUGGAUGUCUGGUCUCAGAGAGGGGCGGGGCUGCUCUGGUCUCAGCUCUGAGCUCUGCCCCCUUCCGUCUGAGAGCAUUAGACCUGAGCUACAACCAUCCAGGACCCUCAGCUGAGCUCCUGACUGCUGUUUGGCACAACCCUGACUGUCCCCUGCAGUCUCUCAGGUUGGAUCCUGCUGGAGAACAGUGGAUGGUCCCAGGUCUGAGGAAGUAUUCCUGUGAGUUUUCUCUGGAUCCAAACACAGCUCACAGAAAACUCAAACUGUCUAAGGACAAACAGACAGUGACCUGUGCGAGAGAGGAGCAGCAGUAUCCAGAUCAUGAGGACAGAUUUACAGACUGGUAUCAGGUCCUUAGCUGCACUGGCCUGAAGGGGUGCUGUUACUGGGAGGUGCAGUGGAGCGGUUGUGCUGAAAUAGCAGUGAGUUACAAAGGAAUCAGACGGAGAGGAGAGACAGAGGACUGUAGGCUUGGAGAUAGUGAUCAGUCCUGGAGUCUGAGAGCCUUAAAUGGACGUUACUAUUUCUGUCACAACAGACAAACAGCCCUCUCCUCCUCUUUCUUCUCCUCCUUUUCCUCCCGUCACUCAGGUCGAGUGUCUGUGUUCCUGGACUCUGAGGCUGGUUCUCUGUCCUUCUUUGAGGUCCGCAUAGAUGGGGAACUGUUCCACCUCCACACCUUCAGCUCUUCCUUCACUGAGCCUCUGUUUCCUGGGUUUGGGUUUGGAGAGUUGGAGGAAGGUGACUCUGUGUCUGUGGUGGAUCUGAGAUGAGCACCCUCUGGUGGACAUAUACAACUCUUUUAUGAUUAUAAUGAUUCUGUGCACCAGUGAUUCCUAAA